AUGGUGAUACGUCUUAGAGGGUCGCGUAAUCUCCGGCAGCGUCUGGUGUACGCGACAUUAUCAGGACGCGCUAUUAGAAUAGACGACAUCCGCGCAGAGGCAGAGAGCCCCGGCUUAACGGAGUACGAAGCGUCGCUGCUGAGACUGCUCGAAAAGAUCUCCAACGGCUGUGUUGUGGAAAUCAACGAAACAGACCAGAUUUGUUUUCCGCAUCGUCAUCUCGGUCCCUUACAGCAUCCGUCUCUUCCCUGCCCGUCAAGGACCACCACCCUCUCCCCCUCUCUCGAACGGUCCUUGUAUUAUAUCCAUCCUCUCUCACUCUCUCCGUUGCCCUUUCCCAAGCUUAACCAGCAGCACCCGCCACGUUCCCCCACUUUCCCUUCCCCAUCCCCCAUUCCCCAACCUCCAACCAUACCUUCCCGCGCCCACCCGCGACCACCCGCAGGGGUGACGAACGACGACCGCGAUCCGAGCAUAGACACCCUGCGCACGGCGACGCUGCCCAUCCUGAAGCGGUUCGGCGUGGACAUGGCGGAAGUCGAGCUCAAGCUCGUUCGCCGCGGCGCGCCUCCCCUGGGCGGAGGGGAGGUGAUGCUGCGCCUGCCAAUCGUGAAGCAGCUGGAGGUGCGGUGGAAGGGGCUAGGGGCGGAGGACAAGGGGAGGGAGGGGUGGAUGGGGAGGGCGAUAUCUGAACCAGUGGUGUGGGAGGACGAGGGGCUGGUGAAGAGGGUGAGGGGGGUGGCGUUCACAGCGAGGGUGGCGCCGCAGGUGGCGAAUCGCAUGGUGGACGCGGCUAGAGGGGUGCUCAACCGCCUGCUGCCCGACGUCUUCAUCUUCACUGACCAUUUCUCGGGAGCAGACUCUGGCAGGUUGGUUGUCUCUCUCUCUCUCGUUUGGGGAGGGGGGGAAGGGAAGGCUAGAGGGGUGCUCAACCGCCUGCUGCCUGAUGUCUUCAUCUUCACUGACCACUUCUCGGGAGCAGACUCGGGCAGGUCGCCUGGCUUUGGCAUAUCCUUGGUCGCCGAAACAACGUCCGGCUGCCUGCUGAGUGCCGAGAGGGCCAUUGCCAGCUGCCGGGGGGAACAUGAAGGGGUGGGGGGAGGCGCAGGGAGAGGGGGGAGAGGAGGAGCAGGGGGGCAGGGGGAGGAGGUGCCUGAAGAUCUAGGGUUGCAGGCCGCACAGCUGUUGCUGCAUGAAGUGAAGCAGGGAGGCGUGGUGGACGGCAGUCAACAGGCCUUUGUGCUGCUGCUGUGUGCGCUGUGUCCGGAGGAGUUGUGUCGGGUGCGGGUGGGGCCACUAACGCCACACACAGUGGACGCACUGAGGGACAUGAGGGCCAUGCUGGGCGUGCAGUUUGACAUCCGCCCUGAUGAGAGCACCGGCACAGUGUUUCUCUCUUGUAUUGGCUCCGGCCACAAGAACCUCGCGAAACCUGUCACUUGA